AUGGAGGAACAGCAGCAGAUAAAGCUGGAGCAGCACAUUGCGACGCAGGCACGCAAAACGGAAGAGGCUUCUGGGGCAGCCAAGCUCUGUGCAAGGGUAUCGGCAAAGGAAAAUCUAUUUUCCCUGCACUCGGGCUCAGCAUUUUAUCGUUUGCAGUGUAUUGUGGCACAUGUGACAUUCACGAAUCUAAAGUGCAACUUUACGGAUAGAAAGAUUGGCAAUUUUCAGCAUUGUCACAUCAAGGCUGUGAAUCGUACCCACAAGUAUAUUAGCGUAUAUGCGAACAUCUAUACGAAGCCCUUGAACAAUGUGUCGAUCAACAUUCGGUCCAUGCGCUAUAACUCUGGCUAUAAGCCUUUUUUCUUUGAUGUCACCUUCGAUGCGUGCAAGUUUCUAAAAAAGCCGAGACAUCCCAUUUUAAUACUAUUUUAUAACACCUUGAAAGAUCGCUCCAACAUGAAUCACACGUGUCCCUACAAUCAUGACAUUAUAGUAGACAAGCUAUAUACUGGCGAUCAUGAGUUGGAAUUUACACGAUAUUUGCCCGUACCCAUGGGAGAUUAUGCCAUCUUUGUCAUCUUCUAUGUCUACAAUGUGGAGGCGUGCACCGUUAAUCUUUACCUAAGGAUAACCAAUUAA